AUGGUGUUGGGCGCCAUUUUAAUGACGGGGGCGUCCUUGACCGCCGGAUUCCUCGUGAUUCAGAUGGCAGUCCUGCCACUACUGUUUAAAUAUAGCAAGUCGGUGCAGAGGAAAAUGGUGUUCUCCAACUGUAUAAACUAUCCAAGAAACUUAGAUUACAACAAGCCUUCGAGCUGUAACAUUGUUGGAGCGAGAAAUUUUAAUAUCGAGUUUCAUUCAAAAGAGGACCACUGUACUAUUAAAUUGGGAGUUUGGCAUAUAGUACCCAGCUGUCUAUUCAAGGAGUUGUUUGUUGUUCGUGAUCACCUAGACUCAAAUACGCGACUCCUCAAGGAGUUAAAGAGGACUCAGAACACCGUCGUACUUUAUUGCCAUGGAUAUGGUGACUCGACACGCGUGAGACCGACUGAGAGAGGUGUAGUUGAAGACACGCUGCACGUUUACUCUUGGAUUCUAGAAUCUGUCAACCGGGAAAGAAGACCUAUGGUCCUGAUCUGGGGACACUCUUUAGGUACCGCUGUGGCCGCGAAUCUGGUGGCCAACUUGUCCACCUUGUGUGCAGAUCUGGGUCAGAGAUGUCUGCCACCGCCAGAUGCCCUUAUCCUGGAGGCGCCUUUCAACAAUCUCAUUGAAGAAAUCGAAAGUCAUCCGUUUUCAAAGCUGGUAUCCUGGCUUCCAUAUUACAAAACAACCAUUCUGGAUCCCUUCGCCUCGUCGUCGGAGUACUCGUUUACUACGGACCAGUAUUUAGAGUCGGUUCCCCACGUGCCUAUUCUCAUACUGCACUCCAAGAGCGACAAGAUUGUGCCUUAUGAUCUCGCUGUUAAGUUGUACGACAGUGCGGAGAGGUCCAGGCGAGCCGUGGGUUCAGAGGCACCCAUCUUGCUGCACGGCUUCGAGCGCGGGCGAGGGCUCGGCCAUAAUAACUUGUGCCAAGCACCCGACUUGCCCCAAAUCUUACGAUGCUACGUAAUAAUCGCUGAUAAUUGUGAAAUCUGCCAGAUCAGCGGGUUGAGGAGGAGGAAAGACAGCGUAGCAUUUGCUACAACCACCACUUCACCCGAUAAUCUUGACAAAUAA